AUUUACGUUUAUAAUUCGAAAAAGUUCAUUUUGAAGUAUAAUGGUUCAGUGCAUGUACCUGUAAUACAAAUUACAAUAAUCGCAAUGUUAAACUUUUUGAUGAACUUAUCUUUGUUUGGUGGUGUUAUAUUGAUUUCGCCUUUAGUGAUUUUGACGUUUUUUGUUUUAAAAGUCUAUAAAGCACUAUGGAUGAAUGUGCUUUCCAUGCUGCACCCCGAUGUAGAAUUUAUCAAAUAUGAUACUGUGCGAUCACUGUUAGACACGCACCGGAACCAGGGAAUCGUGUGUGUUCUUUUAAGUGUAAAGGGUCAAGCGCAACCGGAAGCAGUCCGAAGACAUCUACAGGAAGUAGUUCGUCGCAGAGAUAAAACUGGAAAUUUAACAUUUUUAAGACUUCGUCAUUGUUUGGUUACCAAAUGUGGAUCUUAUGCCUGGCAAAACUCGAAGUUCAAUUUGGAUCAGCAUUUAACAGUCGUUCCUUUUACUUACAAAGGAAGAGCUGUGACAGAAUAUAACAUACAAGAUUAUGUGAACGAAAUUGUUUCGAAAUAUCUCCCUGGAAAUAUUCCCCCCUGGCAAAUAACAAUAAUACCUUCUUCAGAAGACCAACAUUAUAUUCUAUUCAGACUUCACCACAUACUCCUUUCUGAAGGCCUAAACAUUGGAGACUUGCUACCUUUAAUACCUCCAACUCGGCCACCAGUUGGGUCAUAUGUAUCGAGAAGCCCUCUAGUGGAAGUUUUUAAAAAACCUGAAGUUAUACUGGUAUUAAAAGAUAGAUUGACAGAAGAAUUAUCCAAUCGUUGGAAUGAGUUUGUAGCAAAUUAUGAUCCAUUAGAACGGCCAGAGUUACUUAAAAGUACACCAACUUUUUUUCAAUUCGUAUCAUACUGCCUGCUAAGUUUUGUCUCUGUUAUUAGAGACUGUAGAAAAGGCUUUAGGGUAAUCAAACCUGAUGCUUUUUCAAAAUUCAAAUAUCUAGUCCAGUCUGUGCUUAAAGAAACAGAUAAAAGACAAAUUGGCCCAAAAACGUUAUGUCUAUCUGUGGUUAAAUCUUUAGAUCCAAGAAAUUUAUUAACAAAUUUAGUACAAUUUCUGUUUUAUCUUUUAUUGAAACUCCCUAUUCGACUACCCAUAGUUCUCUUUGCAGAAUGUCGUGCUUUUUGUACUUGUUUAGCUCUGAAUUACUGCCCUUAUCCCCGUACCACCGUGGGGAUAUUAUAUACAUUUAUUCCUUUAUUUUAUAAUUCUUUAAAAGAGUUUGCAUAUAUAGCUACAAUUUUGUUUAAAGCACCGAAAACCAUAAUCCAAGAUAUUCUCUUACAAGAUGAAUCAUUUGAAACUUUUACUCUAUGUGGUAGGAAAUCCGUAGCUUGGUCAGAAGCCAUCAAAACCGAAACAAUCAAAGCCGUUGCAAAACAAGCGGGAGUUUCAGAAACUGAAAUAAUGUUAUCGGCAGUAUCGAUGUGUCUUUCUAAAUAUUUUGUUCAAACCAACCAUUAUAUUCCAACCAAAUUACCAAUCACGAUUAGAAACAUCUCUUCAAACUACAUAUUUGCUACUGGGCCAAAUAUUAGGCCGGAAGACGCUGUUAGUGGAAUACUCUGUCUUAGUUUAACGAUUCCUGAUCCAAAGAAGGGUACCACAGAAAUAGAAAAUCUGUUAGAAAUAAGAAACAAAUUUAAUGCGUCGCUAGAAAACCAAGGACUGUCUCACUUGUUAACGAUGUUGCAGACGAAGUUUAGAUUUUUAAGUAAAUUUUUGCCAGCAACUCUAUUAAGUAUCUAUUUAAAAUACUUAUCGAGAAAGUAUGCAGUAAGUGUUGCUGAGAUCACCAGUAGAUAUCCUAAUGUGACACAAAGGACUAUUUGGGGACAAGAAGUUAGUAGUGUUAUUUAUCUCAGACCUCCUCAAGCAAACACAUGCAUUUCAUUAUGUUUAAAUGAAUAUUCUGAUCACGUAAAGCUUGGACUUAUGUGCGAUAGCCAGUUAGUUCCGUAUCAUACUCACUUGGUUAGGAACUUUUCCGAGAAUAUACAGAAUUUGGGAGAAGCUGUCAGGGAAGGUAUUGGCAUAGAAUGAUAAAUUAUAUAAAUAUCUUAACGGAAUCUCAUGUUUCAAAUCUAACUGUAUAUAGUUUAUAUCUAAAUGACGAUUAAAAUUUUUAUUUAUUUUUA